CCUCAAGAAUGUGAGAUGACACGCAAUCAACGUGGUCUACUAAGGUCCGAAAACUUUAAGCCACCCGUGUCUCUUGUACGUCAGCUCUUCUAUAUCGCAUUGUACCCCCCGCCGCCAUCCCUUGAUCAUGUGGAAGAGCGCGAUCUCAAUCCCGCUUCGCCAUCAAAAGGCUCCCCUGCAAAACAAAAGCAUCAGGCACCAAAAAUGACCUUUGCUCCUUCAGUCAAUGCAUCAGAAGCCGCGCAACGCUUGUUAUUAUCCUUCGUUAGAACAAACACACCUACAUCUCUUUUCCAGGCUUUGCCACGACCGCGCAGGAGGCAACGAAUUGCCAUUCGAAGGAAGUCCCUGUGCAUUAAGGACGCGAAGCACUGCUGGGUAAUACUCAAGGAGGGUUUCGUACCGCGAAUUAAAAACCCUCAGCCGUCCCUACUAUCAGGGAAGAAGAAACGCGGAAAACUCAUCACUGACACUGAAGAGUAUGUAGAGGAGAAUCGCAGCAAUUCAGUUCUCGCUCCUGUUGCAGAGUACGCCUGGCUAGUCUUGCAGUGGCUGGUUGAGCUUUUUCAGCGGGACGAAUCUUUGGCAUCUGGAGAUGGUUCAGUGAAGCAUUCGCCAUUAUUGUUGUUGCAGAUUCCCCCGCCGAGAAGCAGCACUGGUCUUCGAUGGGAAGCUGAUGCACCCCUAGACAAUCGUCAACCGCAGAGACGACAACUGGGUUUUGAUCUGAUGGCUUUGCUCAUCGGCAUUUGUCUAACGGCAGAAUUCGACUUCAACAUGUUUCUGGAGCAAGUCACCUCACGACUACACUCAGCCUCCCCGGAGAUCAUCCAGACUUUCACGUCUGGCUUUCGUCUGUCGCAUUCAGCGCAACUAAACCCAUCCAGCCGUCGCCCCAAGCCACAAGCGCGAGCUGUGAGAGCGGCGCGAGGCAUUGCCCCUGUGAGAGAGGAGAACCUGUCGUCCUCCAGUGCAAAUGACUCUAAAAUUUCUACGCCUUCCACUGGCGACAUCGUCCACCUUCUUACAGGGUCUAACGGACGUACUUCUCCUGCAAUUCUAACUGUGAAGAAGGAGCAGAUCGCGGAACAACGGGACGUGGAAUGGCAGCAAAUAACAACAGAUGGGCGUCUCGAAGACCAAGUCAAUUCGGUGUUCGGUGGGGAGAGUUAUGCUCAGCAAGACAGGGAUGCCCUAAUUAGUCUUGUGAGAGUCUGGGCCAUGAAUUAAUGCGAGUAAGGCAUAAUUGAUUUAAGGCAAUGUCUUGUGGGAUUUCCUCCACGGAGCGUGUUAUUCUAACAAGAUUAUUCACACUCCCCAUGGCAAUAGUCAGUGCUAGGUAUGCGUCCAUAUUCUAGAAAGUCAACAUACCCUGCGGUCGGCGGCCUCAGACUGAUGAGACGGAUGCAAUACUCUUGGUUUCUGUUCUAAUCUUGAGAAGCUUACAUACAGUCCUCUGUCAAACAAUUUUCUCAUGGGCUAUCAUUUACCUGCACUUGAAGGUUUGACUUACUUUGGAAUCAUUAAAUGGGGUUGGGAUCUGCGCAACCAAAUUUCUGCUUGGGUAUUAUGUAGAUCUUAGGCAAUGAGUACUUAC